AUGAGUAAAAGUAACAAUAGUAAUAAUUUAGGGAGCGAAAACAUGCUCUUUGAUUUAUUAGAUGGCUUCAUGCAAAUUUGUCAACCAGGUUUUCAAAAUUAUGAGAAGUCGAUGCUGUAAUGGACCAAUUUCAAAGAGUUAAUUUCAAAUCGUCCUAUUGACUAUCAUUAAGUAUUUACAUUUAUUUCUAAAAUGUAAGAAACAGAAUAGCCUUCGCCUCAAAAGAGUAAGCAAAUGUAGUCACAGGACUAGUAGAAAGACGAAGAAAACGAGAGUUAAUCUUCUUCUAAAUAAUCCUAUCAAAAUAGCAGUAAUGAAAAUAUUCCAAAAAACAGUACCAAACUUUAUCAUUCUCAAAGAUAGUAGAAUAAUUUAACGAAUAAUAGCAACAAUCUGAAAGACAAUUAGCAAAAUAGUUCAUACUUUAACUCAAGUCAAAACUUUAGCAACCAAGGAAAUAGCAACAACACUGUAGGCUUGCAAGCUUAGAAUGCUACGACUUAAUUACAGACUUAAGGUAGGACUAACAAUUUUAUAAAGAAUACUCAAUCUUCUUACCAAAGUAAUAAUUCUGGAUCAAACAGCGUUUAGAAUGGUAAUAAUUAAAACUAAAGCACUCAUCCACAGUCAUCUAAUUAAUAAUAUCCACAUAGCUAGUCCUAAAAUCCUGCAAAUAAUAAUUACUUUAAUUCAACAACUAAUCACUCUAAUGGAUCAAAUUAGCAUAGCAAUUACAGCUCUUUUAAUAAUGAACUUUUUGCAGGGAGCAGCAUGAAUAUGUUCAAAACAGCUGCUGGUAAUUUUUAAUCUAACACCAUUUAAAAUUAAAAAAAGGGAGAAUAGCCUCGAUCUUCGACCAGAGAUUAAUUCAACCAAGGUAGCUCAUAAGCGUAAAAUAAUAAUAAUAAUAACUUUAAUGGUGGAUCUUCUACUAAUAUGUACAAUAGUAAUACAAAUGGUAGUAAUAAUCCUAAUUCUUCUAGGAAUAACUACCGCUCUAGCUUCAAUUAAGCUACGUCUUCAUCAAAUAAUAACAAUAUUACAAAUAAUACAGGAAAUAUUUAUUAAAAUUAAUAGUCAAACUCAAAAGCUACUACAAAUUAAUAGAAUAGCAACUCUUCUUAGGUUAGCAAUUUUACUAGUAGUGGAAAUGUAGCUGCUAUGGCCAACAUGCACAGCAGCAAAGAAAAUUAUAGUCAUCUUAAUAAUAAUGUAAAUUUGGAGAAGAGCAGUCCCAUGAACCCAUCCAAGUUCACUAACUCUUUCAAAGCAAACGGAAAUGCCCACAGCAUUUAUAAUAACACAAGUCAAAGUAGCGAAAAUAAUAAUCACUUUAAUUCUUAACAGUCACAGUAAUCUCCUGAAAAGAUGUCAUCCUAGAAAACUAAUAAGAAUUAAUAGUAACAAAAUGGAUAGCAAACUUAACAAUAAGGAAAUGGUCAUCACAAUAAUCAUAACGGAACUAGCAAUAACCACACUAACUAAUUUAAUAUAAAUAAUUUCCAUGGAUUGCCAAAUGAAACAUCUACAUUUGUAAAGGACGAAAAUCUUUAUUCAAUAAAAUCAUUUAGCGAAUUCCUCAAAGAACAUACAAGAAUUUAAUCACUUGGAAAAAAUACUUAGUUUGCUUAAACUUCAGUUUUAGAGCUUUAAAAUAACUCUAACAGCUUGCUUAAAUUAGCAUCGAUUGCCUUUUUUGUUAACUUAAUUAGUGAAUUACCUCAUCCUGAAUCUUAACCAAACAGUACUUGCCAAGCGAGUAAGAUAUAACUCAUUGAUAUUUUCUUAAAAGUUUACAAUAAAAAGCUAAAGAUCCAUGUUAGCUCGACUCACAUAUUUACAUCAGAUCAAUUGAUUGCUUCCUUUACAAAAAAUACUGGUUUACUUAUUCAAUUAUAUCUUCUUCAUGGAUAAAAUACAUCGAAAUUGAUAAAAGCUUUCUUGUACCAAGUUUAGCAUGACCCUCUUUAUUUAGACAGCUUAGUCAUAUUAAUCAAAGAAUUGGCUGCAGAAUUUGUUGAAGAAUGUGACUACGAUGCUAUCGCUUCAAUUCUGAUGUAAUAAAUUUAACAGCAUUAAACUUAAUAGCAACAAAACUCUCUUUACUCAACUUGUGCUUCACUCUCGCAGCUCUAAGAAAACAAAGUAGGAGGUUUAUCAGAAAAAGAAAAAAGAGCCAAACUUGCUUAAAAGUUAAGAUAACCAAGCUGGAAGGAAGUAAAACCAGAAUGGCUUUUCCUUUUAUCUCUUUCUCUCUAGAGACCUAUUGAGUUAUUUAAUUUAAGGGAUAAUAAAUUGGAAUAAACUCUUUUUAAAAGCAAGAAAAUGCAAAUAAGCGAAGUUACUGCCAAUAAUAAAAUAAAUAUUGUAACUGUAACUCAAGCUGAAAACAAAUUUCCAGUUUACUAUUUAAUGACUAUGAAGUAAUCUGAAACUGAACUCUAUGCAUCCUUAAAGAUAAAUUUUAAGAAAAAUGAAUUAAAGUUGAACGAAGAAGUAAACUUUCCAUAUCUCAUUAAGCAGAUUACAAGAGAAAAAGAAUAGUGCUAAUAGCAGCAGUAACCACAAUAGCCAUAGAUUAUAAAUUCUCCUACUCAACAAAUGCAAUAAAAUAAUAACAAUUCAGCUAAUUAAGCUUAAUUACAGCUUUCUCCUUCGUAGUCUAAAUAAUAAUAGCCAUAAUAAUCAACUCAAUAAAACCUUCCUUAAAGUAAUAGCAACACUAAUUUAAAUAAAGAAUACUCUAUGGGACAUCGCAGUAGUAAACUUGGCUUACACUUAAACUAACUUCAACAACAGCAACAAUAGCCUAAUGCUUUAUAUUCUUCGACUAAUGCAAAUAACCUAAACAGUUAACAGCACCAUCAUCAUAAUUCCAGUGUCGAAGAUCAAGGAAGAAAAUCUCACAGCAUUAAAACGAAUCACAUAUCUAAUUUAAAUACGAAUGGAUCUACGAGUAAUCUGAACAAUCCCUCAGCUUCGAGCCCCAGGGUGCAUAACUUUAUGAAUAAUCUUAACUAACUAAAUAACUAGUAAGCUGGAAGUCAAGCACAGUAAUCAGCUUAACAACAAUAAUAAUAAUAGUAAGUACCUUCUUCUAUAGAGCCUAAGCAGAACAACCCACCUUUCUCUAAAUUAGGUAAUAAGUUUAGCCACUAUGAAAAUAUAAGCCCUAAAUAUAAUUUAAACAAUUUGAAUUUCUAGAAAUCAACUGUCAACUCCAGAUAGCACCAAUAAUCGAACUCACUCUCUUAGGACGAAUGGAACAAGAAUUUAUUGUAUGCUAAGGUUAAAGACUUAAUUUUCACACUCAACAUCAACUCUGAGCAACUUAAUUCUUUAGCUAGAUUUUCUAUCACAAAUAAUUAGACUGGUAUUUAAAGUAAGGAAAAUAUACAGCCUAAAUCUCCUCUAAAAUACAAAUCGGUACUUUAUCCUCUUAGCAAUAACUGCAUAUAAUAAAAUCCAAAUGGGGCUAUUCCUCCAAAUGGAUUCUCGAAUGCGCUAAAUAAUAUAAUGAUAGGAUAAAAUUAUAUAUAAAAUUAGAAUCAAUAAUAAAAUUCUUCAUCAACCACAACAAUCAAUUCCUUAUCUACUAACACUACAAACAAUAUCAGUAAUCUUAACAAUUUGAAUAAUACAAGUGGGACAACUGCAGCAGGGACAAACUCUGCAUCUGUAUAAAACGGAAACAUUAAUAAUAAUAUCACUAAUUACACAUCUCCCAACUCAGCAUUUAAUAAUUACCUUAAUAGCAAUCCAACUUUAUUCACUGGUUAGACAGCAUUCAAUAUAAAUUCAAACUCAAAAUUAAAUACAAAUAAUCUUAACCCUCUCUCACCAAGUUCUAACUUUAACGGAAGUGUUAAUCCAUUGCUCCUAAAUAGUACAAAUAAUAAUAAUAAUUUUGUAAAUAGCUUUGGAAAGAAUGGAGUAAGCGGAGUAAACAACACAAAUAGUUCCAAUCUUUAAAAUUUUUUGAAUUCAAAUAGUUAUAAUGCUAUGCAAUCCGCAGGUGGCAUGGGUGCAACAAAUAAUAUCUAAUAAUAAAAUUUAAAUACUCUUAAUUAAUAAAAUAUGAGUAGCAGCUUGAAUGGAAAUUCAACACUAACUUCUAACUCUGCUCUAACACAAUUAGUUGGAAAUGCUCCAGGGACAGUAUCCUCAAAAAGAUAUCCCACUUCUCAGGCUAACCCAAAUUUAGUUGAUUCUCAAUCUAGAGAUAUUUUCAAUAAAUUAUCUCCUCGUCGCAACUUAAAUACUUAGUACUGA